CGUCAAAGUAAAUACAUCAAAAUGGAUGACAAGAUAGCCAUGAAAGAAGAAAACUCUGUUCAAUAAUAAUAUUGUUGUUCCAUGUUAUUGAUAAAAUGGAUAUAUUCAUCAAUAAAGCAACAUCUAGAAUAUAAAGUUCAUAUUGACAGAUAUGGCUGAUGGGACAUCACUAAAUUCUUUUGAAGGUUUGGGUUCAAGUCAUUCCUGCCUGGAUGGAGUACCGUUUAAACUUGGUCCCAAGUUCAGACCCCCAGAAAAGAUCAAAAUACCACCAGAAUUACUCCUACCUUCAACAUGUCAGAAACUAAAUGAAGAAUAUUCCUUUGAAACAGAAGAGGGUGUUCUUGCCUGGAUAAGAGCUAAAGAAGAAACUCGCAGACGACAAAAAAUUGAAGCAGAAGAACGUAGUGCUAAAGAAAUCGAAGAAUUUGCUCAAGCAACGAAAGCAGACUCGAGUGAUGAGUCUGAGUCUGAUCAGGAAUUUUCAGUUCAGUCACAAAUGGUUGUAAAUCCACUGACAAGACCAAAUUUUGAUAGCAUUUUAACACCUACACCAAUUUAUUCAAACUCAACUUCACAAUCGUCUGCUGAUAGUGCCACAAACAAAACAUCUUCUAUAGAUUUGACAUGGUUUGAAAAGGAGACAGAUGCUUUUGAAAACCUGGAUUUACAGGCACUCAAUGAAAUGGAAGAAUUAAAAAACUUAUUUCAAGACACAGAAGCUUUUAAUGUUAAAGCCAGUGAUAAUACCAACACUUCAAAUAAUUCAGUGGAGAAGAAUGAGGAAAUAACAUCAUCGGAUGGAGAACUUAAAACUCCUGUAGCCAAACCUAGAACAUCUUGUAAUGGCAUGGUGCCGAAUGUGAUUCCUCAUGUGGAUGAAGGCGAUUAUGUUAGUCUGAAAGUGGAUAUGAGUCAAAGUCGUGUUAUGUUUUCUAAUGAUAAAUGUGAUACUAGUCAGAACAAACCUACACCAGGUGUUGCAAAUUUGGGUGGUAACUUACCAUCACAUAUGGUAAAUAGUGGACUAUAUAAACCUGUAUUACCAUCCUUGUCACAAGCAGGUUUAAAACCUACAUUAAAUGGACUGAAUGGUGUAAACCAACAAAUUACAACUCUUAACUCACAAACUGAUGUUAUAUAUUCAAAUUCCCCACCAAACCAUACAGAUGUGUUAUCUAAUCAACCACUAUAUGAGAAUGUAAGGCUACGUAGUGCUAAAAGUAAUCCUGAUUUAUCUGAGUCACCAGAACAUGUUGAGUCAGCAAGGUUUUCAUUGUCACACACUCCUCCUCCAAUUCCACAGCGAUCUGUUCAACAGGCACCCAUAUAUGAGAAUAUAAAUAUUAGAAAGCCUUUACCACCCAUUCCCUCCUCAAAACCCAAUCCAGUAUCCUCCUCAGUACCAGACUCUAUUUUCUGCACUCAACCCAUACCUUCACCCAAACCAGUGACUUCUGUAAAAGAUGAUAUCUGCCCUCCCAAGUCACCACCAGAAACUGAUCCCUAUUCAGCUUUAUCUUUACCAGACCAACAGUUUGUUAGAAAGUUUGGUUUAAUGGGAUUUCCUCGUGCUAGAGUUUCUAGAGCAGUAGCUAAACUUGGACAAGAUGAAAAAGAGGUAAUAGAUCAUCUGUGUCAUGUGGAUAAUUUAGUAGGUAAAGGCUAUCAUCCAAUUAAAUCAGAAUCAGCUCUUUUCUUAUUUGAAAAUAAUAUUGACAAGGCUAGAAACUACAUCGAUAGUUACUCACAAUUCCAAGAACUAGGAUUUCAUGCGGAUAAAAUCCGAGAAGCUUUGAUUAAACAUAACGCAGACAGAGACAAGGCCUUAGAUGAAUUAAUGGCAACAUAAGAAUCAAAUUUUACUGAAUUUACAUUGUCCAUAAAAUACUCUAUUGCCCAUAUUAAGAUUAUAGAUCUUUCAAAUGAAUAUAUGUAAGAAAUCCUUAAUCAAUUUCUCAUGUUUUAUACAGCAUUAGUGUACUAUAUACAAGUUUUUUUGUUUUUAGUUUUAAGACUGAAGUCUUCCCAACAGUCUGAGUGAUAUUAGUUUCAGUAGGUUUUGAUUUUUCUGUUCCAGAGAUAAUAAAAGUGGCUGGAUAACAAAGAUAGAAACAUUUUAAGGGGAUAGUUCCUUCAGACAAUAUUUUGCUAUAAUUGACUUUCAGAAUUUGAUUUCAUAUAUAUAUAUGACACGUAUACCCAAGCAAAUUUUUGUACAAAAAGUUUUGCUGUUUCAGAAAUCUGUAUCUAUGAUUAUGGUGGCCAUCAUAAAUUUUUUACCAUCAUAAUUAAAGAUGCAUUAUGUAAGAGCUAAAGCUGCCUAUUGCAUGUCUUUAUUGUGCCUUCAAAUGUUAUAUAAACUAUUAUUUAGACAUUUAUUAACAUGACAGGUCUAUAAUCAACUCUCUAGACUGUCUGAUGGCAGAGAUUUAAAUGGAUUAGGACGCCUGCAACAUUUAAUAAUUUAACGAUAAAAGGGACAAAUGAGACUAAGUCUUAUUUGUCCAGUACCAUUGCUACGAUAAUAAACAAUCUCUGCUACAUCUUACACCACCCAUAACUUUGCUCAAAAUAAAGUAAUUUGAUUUUGAAUGAAAUAUUCAAUAGGUUCAUUUUUCAUUAUCUAUUUUUGAACUAUUAUACAUGUAGCAAAAACAACCAGCUCUUUAUCUAAACCUUAAAUAAUGCAUCUUUAAGACACACAUAUCUCAGAAGCUAUUCAGCCAAUCUUAAGAGUAACAUAAACAUUAAAAACAAACUGUAGUUGAUUAACUUUUAGGUUAAAAAUUGACAGUUAUGUCCAGUUAUCAUAUGGCAACUACAGCACCCUCUCUUUAAUAAACAAACCAAAGAGAUUGCUCUGAUUUUAAGUAGAUUAGAAUGGUUCAGCCAUUUAAUGAUAAUUUAAUUUAAAAAUCGAGAAGUGAGGCUAAGACUCGAAUAUACCAGUACCAUGGUUAUGGUAAUAAACAAUCCAUGCACACAUCUUGUCAAAACUGUAAACAGUGAUAACUUGGCUCAGAAUAAAGUAAUUUGAAUGAAAUUCUCAAUAUAUUCAUUUUGCAUUAAUUAUUUUUGAACUAUAAUAUCAAGAAUGGCCAGCUCUUUAUCUAAAUCUUACAUAAUGUAUCUUUAAUAAAAUUACUUUGGAUUGUGUACCUGAUAUUACAAAGUAGACCUCAUUUAUUUUUACUAAAACUAUUGGAUAACAAAUUUACUUUGAAACUGAUUAUGGUUAUAGUCUGCUAUAGAACAGUAUUCCAUACUUAUUUAGUCCUCAUUUUUUAAAUUAUGAUUUUUAUUGUCUUUCAGUUUGAUUUUGUAUGUUUUACAAUGUGAUAUAUUUGUUAUUGUUAUCAAUGUCGUUUUAUCAGGCUUUACUUUUUUUUCAAGACUAAUUUGCUAAAAGUAAUAGCAGUUUUGUCUUCAAGCCUGUGAGAUAGAAUUGCUUGCUUGCAGUUUUUUUUUAACCCAAAACAGUGUACAUGGUAUACAACAGAGUUUCAGUAUUUAAUUAUAUAAUAUUGUAACAACAGAUUUUGUAAUAUUUCACACUGCAUUAUGAUUAGUAAAUUGAUUAAUAUUCUUCAGAAAAUUAAUAUUACAGGAGUUUGAUAUAAAUGUGUACAGUAUGUAUGGCUACAUACUACUAUGCCUUAAUUAUGUUCUGUGCAUCAUCGGCCAUUGUUGUGCAAGAAAGCUAGCGAGACAGAAAACAUAACUGCAUGAGCAAAAUUGUUCGAAACGCAUCUCCAUGCUUUUUAGAGUCCUAUGAAGAAACCCUCCGAUUGGAUCCUCUCCUGAUGUUUGACCGAUCAUCAGCAGAACAUGAAUAAUGUGGUCGUAGUGUAUUGAAUUAAAUGAAAUUUGCUGUAUCAUAUUUUGUUAUCCUCACUAAAAUCAUUUCAUUCCAUCAUACCUGUGACUUACAAUUCCUUGAUUGGACAGUCCAGUCAAAAAACUUGCUUCAAUAUCUGUUAUCUGAUCUUCAGUGACUUGUAUUUUGUUGAACUUUAAUUUAUCAUAAAGUAAAGGUUAGCCAAUCAUCGCAUGCAGCAAGGAGAAGUUGCACCAAUGAUUUGCUGUUGCACCAAUGAUUUGAUGAACACCCAUAUUGUGGCUGAUUCUGGUCACAGAUGUUCUGUUGUGCUUGAGAAUUUUCCACCAUGUUUAUGUUUAUGGUUAUAUGGUGAUGAAAGACUUUUAUCAACCAUGAUGGUUUCUGGAUAAUAGAUUGUCUGCCAGUAGCACACAUAAAAUCUAGUCCACAUGUGUUUUAAUUAUGUAUUAUUUCCUUUCUUUGUGUAAAUAUUAAUUUGGUCAAACCACAAAUUUACUGUCAAGAUCUGGAUGAAAUUAUGUCGCUGGAUAAUAUUGUGACAUUCAGUAAGCCCAUGGCAUAAAUCGGCAGGUCACGUCAAUAAGUGAAACCUUUGAGAUGUCAAUCGGUCAUGGAAAAUUCUGCAUUAGAUUUGAAUUCUGAUCUCUCGGUCCAGUGUAUAAUAAAAUAUUAGUACCGUAUCAUGUGAUAACUAGUAUUUCUAUGGACAGGAGGCCAGUUCAUUAACUAAUGAGACAUCACUGAUGUUCUGUUUGGUUGUUUUAUUUACCACAGACAACCGAUUGUUCGUUAUAUGACAAAUCGCUGACAGAUUAAUUCUUGUUCUGUACAGUAGAACAUAAGAUAUUGUACACCAAUACACAUAGAAAGUUAUAAUUCAUGUUAAUAUAAUCUCUGAAAUUGUUUGUUGGUUUUAGUUUGAUUUUAUAUUUUGGGGUUACAUAAGCUUACACCUUUGAAAUUUUGCCUACAUAUUACAACUGUAAAUAAUUGUUUUAGAUUGAUUAAUAUGUACCCAGAAUUAGAUUUUAAAAAUUUGCCAUUAACUAUAUGUAAUAUGGUUAUACAUUUAUAUUGUAAAUCAUGUAUAUAUAACUAAAGAGUUGUAUUAAGAUAAUCCAGAAGUUAUUAUAUGAUCAUGUAAAUUUUGUGGUAUAUAUGUAUGUGAUAUUGGAUGUGGAAGAUACAAUUAAACGCUUCAUAAAGAAUA